AUGCCUUCCCCAGCAGCAGGAAAGGGUGACACCCCCCGCACCCCCACCAAGCUCGGCAGGAAGCCACAGACACCUGCUCCCAAGCUCAACAAGCCUCAGGUAGGCAAGUCGGAGGACGCCCCCACCUCCGACGUGCCCGAGCAGGCAGAGGGCCUGAUGCAGCAAGGACAGGAAAAGGCACAGGAUGUGCAGGACGACACAGAAAACACUUUUGAAGAUGCCACCCAAAAGGGCGAGGAAACUGCCAAAGACGUCAAGGGCAAGGCACAAGACACCACUGGCAAGGUCUCACAGGCCGGCGACGAGCUCGAGCAGGCUGAGCCCAAGCCAAUUGACGACGAUGACGACGACGAAGAAUAUGGCGACGAAGACGACGCUACACAAAAGGCAGGGGACGACGCCGAAGACACUGCCGACAACACCGAAGACGAUGCGACCGACACUGCCAGCAAAGCCGCUGACACCGGAAAGCAGGCUGGAGAAGGCGCAUUGAGCGGUGCUCGUGGUCUCGCUGGCCGAGCCUCCAACCUUGCAGGCAAAGCCAAGCAAGACCCCAAGGGCGCAGUACAGGAUACUGCUGAUGAUGUUCAAGACGGUGCUCAGGAAACCGCACAGGACGUUCAGGAUACCGCCGAAGAUACCACCGAGUCAGCCAAGAACACUGCCCAGGACAAGGCAGGUGAUGUCAAGGACAAGGCUCAGGACACCGUUGACGAUGCUACUCCCGACCUGAGCCUCCUCAAGGGUCUCGAAGUUGACGAGGAGGGUCUGAUCAAAAACCAGGACGGCAAGAUUAUUGGUCGCCUGGUUGAGGGUGAUGCCGAGGAUCUCGCUGGCUACCCCAUUGGCGACAACGGAGAAAUCCUCGACGACGAUGGUGAUCUUGUUGGUCGCUGCGAACUCACUCCCGAGAUGGCGGACCAGCAGCUCGGAGAUGUCAGCGGCAAGAUGCCUGACAUUAGCAUUCUCAAGGGUCUCACUGCCGACCGAUCUGGUCAGAUCCUGAACGAGGACGGUGACUUUGUUGGACACCUCGUUGAGGGUGACCCAGCUGAUAUUCAGGGCCGUGAGUUCAACGAGAACGGCGAGAUUCUCGACGAUGACGGCAAUGUGAUUGCCAGGGCUGAACUCUCUCCCGAAGCUGCCGACCUCCCUGCGUACCAGCAAGAGGACCACGAGGAUGAGGAAGAGGAAGGCGAUGCCCUCAACGGCGUUACCAAUACUGCCGAGCAAGCCAAGGGCACUGCCACUAACGCUGCCGAAAGCACCAAGGCAGGCGUUGAUGAGAAGGCUGCUGAUAUUGAAGACGAACUUCCUGGCGUCGAGGCCCUUGAGGGCAUGGAAAUCAACAGCAGUGGCGAGAUCCUCAACGACGAUGGCGAUGUCGUUGGCAACGUUGCCGAGGGCGAUCUGGAGAACAUUGAGAACGUCAAGGGCCUCACCGUCAACGACAAGGGCGAGGUCGUCGACCAGGACGGCAAUGUUCUCGGCACGGUUGAGCUCGCUGAGGGCGCCGCUGAUAAGCUCAAGGAGUCUGCCGCCGGUGCUCUAGACACUAGAAUCUUGGACGGCCUCAAGGUCAACAAGAAGGGCAAGAUCCUUGACUCUGAUGGCGAAGAGAUUGGUGAGCUCACUGAUGGUGUCCUUGACAAGUGCGCCGGCAAGAAGGUCAACGAGAAGGGUGAAGUCCUCGACAAGGAUGGCAAGGUCAUCGGCAAGGUUGACGUUGUUCCUGGCGAGGCUGCCUUCAAUGCCAUCAAGGCACUCAAGGAGGAGCUUGGCGAGCCAUUGGAAGGUGAAGAGGAAGAGGGAGAGGAAGAGGAGGGCGAGCCCGAGAUGAAGGAGAUUACCCCUGAAAUCGAUGAACUUGAAGGCUUCAAGGUCAACAAGAAGGGCAAGGUCCUUGAUGAGGAAGGCGAAGAGAUUGGCGAGCUUGUCGAGGGUGACCCUGCCAAGUGCGCUGGUAAGAAGAUCAACGCCAAGGGAGAGGUUGUCGACAAGGACGGAAACGUUCUCGGCAAGGUCAAGGCUCUGCCCAAGAUGGUCGAAGCCUCCCAAGUCCAGGAACCUGAAGUUAAGCAAGUUGAAGUCACCCCAGAAAUCAACGAGCUCGACGGCCUCAAGGUCAACAAGAAGGGCCAGGUUCUUGACGAGGAUGGUGAGCCUAUCGGCGAGCUUGUCGAGGGCGACGCCGCCGAGUGUGCUGGCAAGAAGAUCAACGCCAAGGGUGAGGUGCUUGACAAGGACGGAAAUGUCAUUGGAAAGGUCAAGACCCUCCCCAAGAUGGUCGAGCAGCCAGUCGGCGAGGAUGAGGAGGAAGUUGAAGAGGAUGCUGAAGAGGAAGAGGAGGAGGCCGUUGACGAUGAUGGCCGCCCUCCUCUAUCAAUCCUCGAUGGCCUCAAGGUCAACAAGGCCGGCAAGCUCAUUGAUAACAAUGGCAACAUUGUGGGUGAGCUGAUCGAGGGUGACGCCAAGAAGCUGUCAAAGUCUGGCCUCACCUGCGAUGCCGAAGGUCAGUUCUGGGACAACAAGGGCAAGGUCAUCGGCCGCGCCCAGACUGUUCCCCAGGAGGAAGGCGAAGAGGAAGCUCCUUUCGCUGGUCUCGAAGGCCUUGUUGUUGUCAAGGAUGGCUACGUCGAAGACGACAAGGGCAACCGCGUCGGCCAGGUCGUUGAGGGCGAUGCUAAGAAGCUCGUUGGUCGUGCCGUCGAUGAAGACGGUGACAUUCUUGACAAGAAGGGCUCAGUUGUUGGCCACGCUGAACGCUACGACGAGCCCGAGGAGGAGGCUCCAGAGGAGGAGGCUCCACUGGACCUUUCCGCUCUCGCAGGCCGCACCGUCAACAAGCAAGGUAACGUCAUCGGCGACGAUGGCAUCCCCAUUGGCCGUCUUGUCGAAGGCAACCCCAAGGAGCUGUCUGGCCGCAAGAUCAACGAAGAGGGCCUCAUCUUCAACGACACUGGCAAGAAGAUUGGUCGUUGCGAACUGAUCCCUGAGGAGGAGCGCGAGUCCAAGCCCGAGGGCAUCUUCGCCGGCCUUGAGGGUCUCCGAGUUGUCCAGGGUGGUAUGGUUGCUGAUGAGGAUGGCAACACUGUCGGCCGAAUUGUCGAAGGCAAUGCUAAGCGUCUUGUUGGCAUGGCCGUCGAUGAGGACGGUGAUAUCCUUGACAAGUACGGCAACGUCAAGGGCCAUGCUGAGCCUCUCGAGGACGAGGAAGAGGAAGAACCUGCUGACCUCUCUGUUCUCGACGGCCUUACUCUCAACAAGCAAGGUUACCUUGUCAACAGCGAGGGCAUUCCUAUCGGAAAGCUUGUCGAGGGUAACCUUGGUGAGCUCGCCGGACGCAAGUCUGAUGGCGAGGGUCUUAUUCACGGCGAUACCGGUAAGGUUGUCGGUCGCUGCGAGCUCAUUCCUCCUAAUGAGCGCCCUGAGCGCAAGGAGGGCCCAUUCGCCGGAUUCGAAGGCCUCCGCGUUGUCAAGGACGGAUUCGUCGAGGACAACGAUGGUAACCGUGUUGGUCAACUCACCGAGGGUGACCCCAAGAGGCUUGUCGGACACACUGUCGACGAAGACGGUGACAUUAUCGACAAGUACGGCAAUGUUAAGGGCCACGCCGAGCCUUGGGAGGAAGAGGAGCAGGAGGAAGUCGACCUCAGCGCUCUUGCUGGCUGCACUGUCAACAAGGCUGGCAACAUUGUCGACUCCAGCGGUGCCGUCAUUGGUCGUGUCGCUGAGGGAGACCCAGCCACUCUGGCCGGCAAGAAGGUUGACGGCAAGGGCCAGAUCUGGGAUAACGAAGGCAACGUCAUUGGCCGUGGUGAGCUUGUCCACGGCCACCAGUCCGGACCUGAGGGACCAUUUGCUGGCUUCGACUCUGCUGUUGUUGCCAAGGAUGGUACUGUCCAAACUCCUUCUGGCGAAAUCAUUGGCCGUGUCAUCGAGGGCGACAUCAAGAAGCUUGAGGGACACAAGGUCGACGAGGACGGUGACAUCAAUGACAAGAACGGCAACGUCAUCGGAAAGGCCGAGCGAUGGGAGCCUGAGCAGAAGGAGCGCCGCAUCAACCCCAUGGCUGGCAUGCGUGUCAACAAGGAGGGUGAGGUCCGCGACGAGAACGGUGAUGUUAUCGGUCGUCUCACUGCUGGUGACCUGGGUCACUGCGCUGGCCUUGAGAUUGAUGACAAUGGAUACGUUAUCGACAACGACGGUAACAAGGUCGGAGAAGUCACUCUUCUGGAGAACAUCCAGGAGGAAGAGGAAGAAGACGAGACCGACGAGGAGAGGCAGCGUCGUGAAGAUUCUGAACUCGCCAAGAAGAUGUCUGCCAUCUGUGAAGACACUCUUCAGCGUGUCCAGCCUGUCAUGAAGCAGAUUACAGAGUACAUUGAGCAAGCUGACCGCACACCACGUGACGAGCUCGACGAAGAGGAACUUGUCAACAACGUCAAGCCACUUAUCGAGGAAGGAUCUCGCAUCCUCAACGACUGCAAUGGCUCGCUCCGUGGUCUUGACCCUGAUGGUCGUAUCGCCGCUCAGGCAAAGGGCCGUCAACAAACUGGCGAAGCCUCACCCGAAGAGUACAAGCUUGCCGACAACCUCAAGGAGCUUACUACCACUGUCGUUACCACUAUUGACAACGCUAAGAAGAAGAUCUCCGACAUGCCCCACGCCAAGAAGAAGCUCAACCCACUCUGGGCUCUGCUUACCGAGCCUCUGUUCCAGAUCAUUGCUGCUGUUGGUCUGCUGCUAACUGGUGUUCUCAACCUUGUUGGCAGACUCCUCAACGGCCUUGGUCUCGGCGGUCUCGUUAACGGUCUGCUCGGUGGCCUUGGUAUCAACAAGCUGCUUGGUGGACUGGGCUUGGGCGGUAUCACUGAUGCGCUAGGCGGCGGCGACAAGAAGAAGAAGAAGGGUGCGAGCGGACCUAUGAGCAUGGUCGGUGGCCUACUCGGGAAGAAAUAA